ACGCCUCCCUCCUGCACAGCUUCUGGUGCCAGCCGGCCAGCCAGCUGCCCCGGGACCAGCUCUCCGCUCUCAUCAGGGCGAUGGCGACUCGCCGGGUCCUCCUCAGAGCCUGGCAGCUCAGCUGCCUGGCCAACCUGGCCGCACUGCACGGCCUCCAGGACGACUUUGAGCUCCACCCGCCGGACCUGCUGCUUUUCUACAACCUGACACAGGUGAGGGAAGCCGACUGCCGGGCCUUCACCCACCGUGCCGCCCAGGGGGACACGGAGCUGCUGGCCAACCUGCCGGACCAGAGGGCCGCCCUGCAGCGUGUGGCCUUGGCCUGCCUGGGAGGACCCCGCUUGCGGCUCAGCGCCUCUGACCUGCUGCUCCUCGGGGUCCUGGUGUGCGACAUGGACGCGUCCAGCAUCGUGGCCGCGGACCCCCGUGUGCUGCAGAACCUGCAGCGCUGCCAUCGGCUGACCGCCCCCCAGCAAGCCGCCCUCAACACGCUGCUGGCCAGUGGGGAGACCACGCUUGGGCCUCCGGGUUCCUGGAACCUAGAGGGGCUGCGGGCUCUGGGACCCCUGGCCACCUACAUCAGCUCCAGCCUGUGGAUGCAGGUGCAGCAGGUAGGGUGCUCUGGAGUGGGGGGCUGUCCAGCUGGCUGUGGACAAGGGGAGGGGCGUCCGGCCGGCCUUCCAGCAGCCACUCUGCUGGGGACUGGUGUCCCCAGUCCCUCCCUGCCCCAGGGUUUCCAUCCGUGGGGUGGGAGGAGGAACCAGGGGCCCCUGCCAGCCCCUCGCCAGGGUAUGGAGUCUGUAUGCCCGCUCUGCCAGGCUGUGGGCCUGGACUUCUUCGGCAGCACGGUGGCCACGUACCGAGCUGGGCGGCUUAGCCAGCAGGACGCCAGGCGCUUCGUCACUGGCUUUCUGAAGGCCAAGGCUGAGUCGGUGUCCUCUCGGCCCAAGCGGGGCACAGCCACAGGGAGACCCUGCCUCCGUGGGGACAUCACGGCGGCCACACUGCGCGACGACCUCUUUCUGGUGCACUAUGACUGCGUGCAGCUGGAGUCCUGCCUGGGGAGCCGCGUGCUCAAAGCCAACCUGGACCCCCUGCUGCAGCACCCGCUGCCGGCCGAGUGCCAGCGCGUCGUCAAGGCCAAGCUCGCUCGGGUCUACCCGCGCGGGGUCCCCGAGGAGCAGCUGCCGCUCAUCGCCUCGCUGGUCUACCUCUACUCCCGCUCCGAGAUCGGCCAGUGGAACGUCACGUCCAGAGACACCGUCGUGGCCCUGCUGGCCUCAGACGUGGCCCUGGAGAACCAGACUGAGGCUGUGCUACAGAAGUACCUGGACCACAACGGCACCCUCACCGGCGCCCUGCUCGUGGCCAUCGGGGGCUCCCGCCUCUGCUGGAUGAGUGCCAGGCAGAUCCAGGCCAUCAGGCCCUCGGAGUUCCGGCUGGCCGGGGCCCUGGAUAUCUCCUCCUGCCCUCAGAGCCGGAAAGACGUGCUCUACGCCAAGGCCCGCGAGGCCUUCGGCAGCACCAGGACCACGGCUGCGUAUUACCGCUUCAUGCGUCCUUACCUUGGAGGUGCCCCCGUGGAGGAGCUGCGGCAUCUGGUCCAGGCGAACGUCUCCAUGGACAUCGACACGUUCACCAAUCUGAACCCCCGUGUGCUGCAGAGCCUGAGUGUCGGCAAUGUGACGACACUGCUGGGCCAGAACGUGGGGGACCUACAGAAGGCACGGAGCCACCCGACCAUCAGCUCUUGGCUGCGCAGCCUCAACAGGUCGGCCCUUGGCGAGCUGGGCCUAGACACGGACCCUGCCGGCCUCAGCGGCCCAGGCCGCUCCACCACUGUCACCCCCAACACCGCGCCCCGGGGGCCCUACCCAGCCCCCACGUCAGGCCUUCCCAGGCACAGCGCCCCCGCCUCCGGCAGCCCACCAGCCCAUCUGGGGUACCUGCCACUCUCUGUGGCCCUGCCCUCUGGCCUCCUGUGGCUGCUGUACUGGGGCACCCCAGGGCUCAGCCAGGACUGCUCCUGGGACCCCCGCACUAUGGCCUCUGAAGACGGCGCCGCCCCAGCACCACGAGCAGGGAAACGGGGGCUGGUAGCUGGGGUCCACCAUGUGCGGCCUUCUAGGGGCCCGCAGGGCUGGUCCCCACCCACAUCCAGCUCCCAGGACAGGGAGCUGGAAUGAGGAUCUGGGCCCACCCCGAGGCCAGCCCUGAAGAGUUGACGGAGAUGCUGUCCCAGCCUUCUGGUCUCCCUCAGAUGCUGCUGGGAGGGGGCAUCCCUGAGGGAUUCGAAUAAAAGACAAGGUGACCUUCC